AGUCAAAUACCGAUGGCCUCUGCGGUAGCGUCCUGACUUCUGUCGGGGUCCGAGUGUGUUGUCGGAAGUGAAAUGUCAGCUGUGAUGGAGUAACCUAUUUGAGAAAAAACUUUAAUACACACAGCAAAUCUUUUGAUGAGGAAUUCUGGCAAAGAACUACCAUGAUGGAACUGAGCCACAGCCUGACGCUCAAUGAGGAGGCACUCAAGCAGCUACCCCCUGCCAAGCGACCUAUCUUCAUAUUUGAAUGGCUCCGGUUCUUAGAUAAGGUGCUAGAAGCAGCACACAAGUCUGAUAUUAAAGGAUGCCAAAAACAGUUAGUUGCUCAGCUGGUUGGGCAGAUGAAUGAAUCUCCAGGGCCACCUACUCGUAAACUGGUAGCACGAUGCCUUGCCACUUUGUUUAGUGUGGGAGACACCUUUUUGUUGUUUGACACCAUCAACAAGUGUAAUGAUGUUCUCAAGAAUAAGGAUGAUUCACCAAGCUACCUUCCAACUAGAUUAGCUGCUGUAACCUGCAUAGGGGCAAUGUAUGAAAAACUAGGACGAAUGAUGGGGCGUUCUUAUGAAGAAACUGUCCAGAUACUCCUUAAGGCUUUACGCAAUGCAGAGUCACAGUUGCGGAUAGAGAUAAUGAUGACUUUAGAGAAAAUCACAGCUGGCAUGGGAACAGCUGCAGGAAAUGUACACAAGGAUAUAUAUAAGGCAGCCAAGAUGGGCCUCACAGAUCGUGCCCUUCCUGUGAGAUGUGCUUCAGCUUUGUGUUUGAUGGAGAUGACCAAACAUGCACCCUUCUUAUAUACAACUGAGAUAGAAAACUUGUCACAGCUUUGCUACAGAGCAUUUGACAAUAGUAGUUAUGAUGUCCGAUGCACUGUUGCCAAACUACUAGGAACUGUACUAGCAACAACACAGAAUCCACCAAAGGAAUUUGUGAAAGGAACUAGCAAAGGAGGUCCAUUGAAAUUACUGUCCCUGGAAGAGGCCUUGACAGUCCUUUUAACAGGCUUUCUGCGAGGAGGCAACAGCUUCUUGAAGGGCACUGGAGAGAUGAUAAAAGGGUCCUCGUCAGUGUCAAGGGAAGUUCGAGUAGGGAUUACUCAGGCAUAUGUUGUGCUGGUACAAGAGUUGGGUGCGCUUUGGUUGGAGCGCAACAUCUCCACACUUCUUGCUCAUCUAACUGAACUGGUAGCCAGUCCAAAGGCUACUACCUCCCAUGUUGAUGCUGUAUAUUCCCGCAAAUGUGUCAACUUUAUUCUUAGGGCUACAUUAGGUCGCAUGAUUGGUGAGAAGGCACAGAUUGCAGCUUGCAAGGAGAUCACACAGCUUAUUAUUAAGCAUAUGAAUACUGUUGAGAAAGGGUAUUCUUCUACCAGUUGUGUGGUCUCUGCACUUGUUGGCUGUGUGCAGAAGACACCCCUUGGCAUUCCUCACAUGCGUGGCAAAGUGCUUUUCAAUAUUGCCGAGGAGUUGUUAAGAUCAGCAAGUCAGAACUCUCGAUUAUCAUUACAGCGUACACAAGCAGGAUGGCUCAUCAUUGGUUCUAUAAUGACUCUAGGCAUAGGUGUUGUAAGGGGUUUGCUACCACGAAUGUUGCUGUUGUGGAAGAACUCCUUCCCAAGGUCUAGUAAAGAAAUUGAAAGUGAAAAGGCAAGAGGAGAUGCCUUUACUUGGCAGGUGACACUUGAAGGCCGAGCAGGAGCCCUAGCAUCCAUGCACAGCUUCUUGCUUCACUGCUCAGAUCUUGCAGCUGAAGACACUGUGCGCAGACUUCUCCUUCCCAUUGAAGCUGCUCUUCUCAUGCUGUCGAGUAUAACACAUAUUGUCAAACAGUAUGGCCAGCACCUCAAGGCAUCUACAGCCAUGGUGCGUUUGCGACUCUAUGAAGUAUUGGCACUCCUUCCUCCGCAGUCAUUUGAAAGUCACUAUACAAGUAUCUUGAAACUCCUGGUGAGUGAGUUUACACUGGCAGAAAGUGGUGCCAACACCACAACUUCCCUUCUCCGUACCAUGUGUCAUGCGGAUGACUCAAUCAUCCUGGGAACUUGGCUGCACCAUACUCACCAUAAGGCCAUAGAGGAUCAGCUUCAAGCAAACAGUGCCAGUGGAUCAGGAGCUCUUGAACACGAUUCCACCUUUUUGUAUAGGCCGCUACCAGAGGGCGAGUCAGUUGCUGGUCCACUGCCUCUUGGAGUUGCAGUGAUUGAUGCAUCAGUUAUACUUUUUGGACAAAUGUUUCCAUUAGUUGCCAAUAAGCAUCGCUUGAAGAUGCUGAAUCUGUUUGGAGAUAUGAUUCGUGCAGCAAAGAGUCAGCGCCAAGAAGCUGUCCAGAUGAAUAUAUUUACAGCUGUCUUAAGUGCACUAAAAGGAUUGAGUGACAACAAGGCAUCAUUUGGUCAAGAUGAUGUGAAGAAAGCAGCAACUUCUCUUUUGUUGGGAGGUUUAACACACCCCAACUCAACACUGAGAUGUGCAUCUGGUGAAGCCAUUGGGCGCAUGGCCCAGGUUGUUGGAGAUCCCAGAUUUGUGGCUGAAAUGGCACAGAACAGUUUUGAUAAACUGAAGAGUGCCCGUGAUGCUGUCAGUCGAACUGGCCACUCACUAGCACUUGGUUGUUUACACCGAUAUGUAGGUGGUAUGGGAUCAGGCCAGCAUCUCAGCACCUCCAUAAGCAUCCUGUUGGCACUUGCAAAGGACACUACAUCUCCUGUUGUGCAGGUGUGGGCACUACAUGCACUAUCCAUGAUAGCAGAUUCUGGAGGUCCAAUGUUCCGUUCUUAUGUUGAGCCCUCUCUUGCCCUGCUCCUAGAACUCUUGCUCACUGUCCCACUACACACUGCAGAAGUUCAUCAGUGUAUUGGAAAAUGUCUGCAGGCUCUUAUUACAACCGUUGGCCCUGAGCUUCAAGGUACAAGCAGCAGUGUGGUGAUGGUGCGAUGGUCUCUCCUGUGUGGAUGUGAGCUGGUGCAAGAACACCCAGACCCUCUAGUACAAGCAGAAGCCAUUGCUUGCCUUCAACAAAUGCACAUGUUUGCCCCAAGACAUGUCAAUCUGUCUUCCCUUGUUCCUAUGCUUGUGAGAAAGUUGAGCUGCAACCAUCUCCUACUGCGCCGGUCAGCAGUGUCUUGCCUGAGGCAGCUGUCACAGAGAGAAGCUUGGGAAGUAUGUGAGCAUGCACUGAGUCUGGCACAAGGAAAUGAAGAUUCUGAUCAAGGACUGAUGAUGACAGAAACUGGCCUCCCUGGUGUCUUAUUUGGGCUCCUGGACACUGAAACAGACUGUGUACUUGUAAGAAAUGUGCAUCACACUUUGACAUCAACAUUGCAAGCUCUAGCAACCUCUCACCUCAACCUGUGGUUAACACUAUGUAGGGAAGUCCUCACCAGUGCAUCAGAAAGUGGAUCAGGUGAAGACACAGGAGAAGCAGGUGAUGGUGGAGAUGAUGAUGACAUGGUACAGAUCCACACUGGGGGAGAGCCAGACCCCCAUCCGAGCAUCCCCCCACGGUGGACCACAAGGGUGUUUGCUGCUCAGUGCAUUGCCAAGAUCAUACAGGAGUGUGAGAAUAAUCGUGCCCACUUUGAUUUAGCUCUUGCCAGGGAGAUGCAGACCACCAAGAUGAAGGGAGAUUACUUGGUAUUGCACUUGAGUGAAUUAGUACGCAUGGGCUUCAUGGGCGCAACGAGUGAUAGCGAUGACUUGCGGUUAGAGGGCCUGCACAUCUUACACCUUGUUAUUAAUAAAUUUGCUCACAUUCCGGAACCUGAAUUUCCAGGCCAUGUAAUACUUGAACAGUAUCAAGCUCAGGUGGGGGCAGCUCUACGUCCUGCUUUUGCCCCUGAGACUGCUUCUCAUGUAACAGCUCGAGCUUGUGAGGUGUGCAGUGCCUGGAUAUGCUCUGGUGUGGCCAGAGAUUUGAAUGACCUGCGUCGUGUCCAUCAGCUUCUAGUGUCUUCCUUGGCCAAGUUGAAUAAGGGUAAUACCAAGGGGCUGUACAAUGAAAGUGCUGCCACAUUGGAGAAGCUAGCUAUACUCAAAGCCUGGGCGGAGGUGUAUGCUGUGGCUUUGAAAGGUGCAGAUUGUGGGGAGCAAAGUGAAAAUGGUGAGGAUGAAAGACCAGAAGCUGAGACUGUUACACAGUCAUCUGAAGAAAGCUUAUUGAGCUUAGUGCAGCCAGAACUUGUGGCUUUGUCCAAGUCAUGGCUGGCAGCACUGAAGGAUCAUGCACUGCUCUCUUUACCUCCAGAAUUUUCUAGUCAGCUGCCUCACGACGGAGGGGCAUUCUACUCAAAUGAAAGUGUGGAUGGAGUGCGACCCUAUUACAGGAGUGCCUGGCCCCCCAUGCUCUAUGCUGCUGCCCUUUGGCUCAGUUAUGGAGGCUUUGACAAGGUUGGAGAGGAGGAAAUGAAUGGCACUGAUGAUAGUCCUACCUCUGUUAACAUUACGUCACCCACCACAACACCUACAAAGACUGUAGAAGUCAUUAAUACUGAUCGCUUUUACCUGCUUUUAGGUAUAUGUCUAGAGUGGUUAUGUAGCCCCAUUCAUAGUGACGACCCAGACCGCAGCAUUGUAUGCCUGAAGUCGCUUGAAACAUUGUUGUCUUCCCCAUUUCCAAUAAAGCUUGUGGGCCCCAACAACAGCUUAACAACAGAAAUUGCAACAGUGAUGCACAGGCAAGUCUUGAGUUCAGACCACACAGAAGUACACCAGUUAGCAGUAACUGUUGUCUCCCUUGUGGUGAAAGCUGCCCAGCAGGCUCUGGAUGAGGAGAAAAGGAAGAAGAAAAAACACAAAGAUGAAAAACCAGCUAAUCAGGAGUGUGAAGGAUGUGAAGCUGACCUAUUGGGAGAAGGCAAAGAAUCAGGGGAGAUUAACAGUGCCCAGUCCCUGGUGUUCACUGCUUUGCAAGUAUGUCUGUGUACCCUUGUCCGUCAUAAGCCAAGACUAGCACCACAAGUUGUGUCAUCAGCGCCAUCACUGCUGGCACCACCAAGGCACCAUGCCAAAAGUCACCAAGUGGAUGCUCUUCUCUCAUCUACAGUGACUCUUCUAACAGCACUGCCAAACCUGUGCUCUCCUGCAGGAGGAGUAGCCAUCUUACCCACAGUGUUGUACCUGAUAACUGGGGUACUGAAAGAAUGUGGGAGCAAGGCCCGCCUUAGCCACAUCUCAUAUCCCACUCCAGUGCCCAUGGUAGUAGUACUUGAUGCCUUGGCCACCCUCGCUCGACACCCCUAUGCUCGAGACCACAGAUCACAAGACCAGUGGUGCAGUCUGCUGCAGUCUGCCCUGGCAAAUAUUAUAGAUCUGAGUAAGACCAGUGACGAUGAGAGAGUAAUAGAUGAAGUGGUUGUGCUGAGAGGUAUUGCGCAACUAAUCCUUCAUGCCCCAGCAUCAGUCAGCAGACCUCACAAUCUCCAGUAUCCUGCUAUAAACUUAUUCAAGAUGGCUACCCAGCACCAGCAACUUAAUGUUCGCAUUCAGUGUAUACAAACCCUAGAGUCAAUCUUCAGCCACACAGAUGGUGAAGUGUCCACCCCUUACAUUCAUGCUCUUGCUCCUCGCAUACUGGAAUACCUACAUGAGUCUCAUGCCAAUGUCAGCUCAGAAGAGGAACUGCAGCUGAUCACAGAGAGUAUUAGUGCAAUGGAGCUCCUCAUUCCAAGAACAUUGCCCGAGCACA